CUUUAGUUUUUAUCAUCAACAAGAAAUUGUGUAAGCUUCUCAAUGUUUUUUUUUCUUCUUAACGGUAGUUUGCACCAAAAUAUGUAACUUGUUAGCCCAGAAACUGUAAAUUUUACUGCAAAUUAUCUGAAUGUCCUGCUGCAGGAUUGUCUUCUGUUGUGAAUCUGCAUCACGAUCUGGAAACAUGUCCACAGUUUUGCCUGAUGUGGCUGAAGAAGUUCUGAAAGACAUCAGGAAAGCUUACCAGGAGACAUCUCAAAUUCCAGAUGAACUCCUUUUGGUGCUGAAAUUCGUGUUCGGAUCCUCUGCCUUGUACGCCCUAGACCUCGUUGAUCACCGAGCUGUGACGUGUGUGACGUCGCCCAGUGGAAGAAAAGUGUUUCAGGUGGUGGGAAGCUCUGGGCGUCUGUACACCUGCUACUCUUCCUGCCACUACUGUCCCUGUCCGUCGUUCACUUUCUCUGUGCUGAGGAGAAACAACAGCUUGCUGUGCAAACACAUCCUUGCAGUCUACCUCUGCCGGGCUAUGGGGCUCUGCAGGGAUGUGACGGUGACAGACCAGCAGAUGUCUGCGAUUCUCUGUGGCAGAGCAGAGGAAGAGAUGUAGACAGACCUGGAUGGAAAUCGACAGCCAUGAGCAAACGUUUCUGUUCAUAUCGUACUGCUUAUUAUUUUAAAAUGAAUGUGAAUAUCCAGAUUAGAUGACCUGUAAAACUAUUUCUUGUCCUUAAUCUCCACACCUUUACUUACUUUUCAUCUUUUCUUGACUCUUUGUUGUGCAUUGUUCGGCUGUUAUCAUCUCACACUGAACAAAUAUUUACAGUUCACUUGUGAAGAGAUGACAAGCACAGUACUUCUCAGUCUCGAUGCUCCUCUCCAUAGCCGUUCAAAGUGUUGGUGAGGAGUCACUGAUGAGUUGUGCUAAAGAGAUCUGCUCAUCUGGCAUGUCACCUGGAACAGCCAAGCUUAUUGGUCAGGAUUUCUAUCCCUUUUAACGAGUGUGUUUCUCAAAGCCAAGAUAAGACAUGUUCUGGUGUAAAAUAGUCUGCAGCAGAGGCCUCUGACAUUGUGAAUGUUACAUAUGACACUGUGUUUCUGUCGC